UAAUGUCAUUGGUCCAUAACAAUGAGAGAAGCUGUGUCUCAGGGCCUCUAUUAGCUUCACUGACUUUAAAAUCACUGCUUUUUACACGUUGUUAGGAUGAAAAUGUUCAGUUUCAGGAUUUUCUUUUCGUCAGGUCUGGUACGUUCAGAUGGCAAUGACAGGUUGGCCACAGGUGACAGCACAGACUGGCCCUGACAUGUUAGAGGAAUGUCAACUAACUGGAAGAGACCACUUUGAAACAGAGUUGUCCAGCAUUAUUCAGCUGACUGCAGGAACAACCUUCCCUUCCUGUUUCUACUGACAGGCGCAGUCUGUGUAAAAGCACAAGAGAAAGGGAAACGCUCUUCCUUAACAUUGUUUCCUGUCAUUCCACCAAAGCAACCGACGCUUUUGUCCUGUGUUCGGUCCGUUCCUGAAAGACUGAAGACAAACAAGAUGUGGGAGAUACCAGCCACAGCUGAACCCAGGGAUGGACGCGGCCUGCGGAGACAGAGGCGGGAGAAAACCACGGCCUGAACCAAGAGACGUGACGUCCUGCUGAGACAGGAGAAACCUCACAGAAUAGUGAAUACAAGAAGAUCCUGGCAUCUGCUGGCGAAACUGUCAUUUUGCCCUGCAACAUCACGGUCAGCGGCGAUAUCCCAACAGUCGAAUGGUCCAAGGAGGGUUUGAAACCAAACAUCAUCUUCCUGUACCGGGAUGGCUGUGAGACCUUUGAGAUGAAGAACCCGAUCUUCCAGUACAGGACAAACCUCAUCAUGAACGAAGUGAAAAAUGGAAACAUCUCAUUGAGGAUCUCUGACGUGCAGCUCUCUGACACGGGAAAGUACCAAUGCAAGAUCAUCCAGAGGAAGGACCACAAGGUCAUUGCAACACUGGAGCUCAUUGUGGGUGCAGUCUUGGAGCCAAAACUGUCAGUUGUGUCAUGUGUAGAUGAUAAAGUGACCGUGCAGUGUGAGGCGAACUGCUGGUCGCCAGAGUCUGAGAUUCAGUUUUUUGACGAUCAGGGAAUCAACAUCAGCACUGAAGACCAGAAGAGAGAGCAAGAUUCCAGCGAAUGUUUCACUGUCACAAGGAGAGUGACUGUGCAGACUUCUAUCAAGAGGGUCACAUGCAGAGUUCACCUCUCUCAGAUAAACUGGACCAGGGAAACAAAGAUUGACAUACCAGCAGAGUGCACAAGCUCCUGCACUGUGACCACUGCCAUUGCUAUUAUGGGGACCCUGUUUCUUGGAUCUGCAUGUGUAUUGGCAUGUGUCUUUUUAUGCAAGAAACAUGGCAGCUGUGUGGGGAGAAAAAAAUUGCCAGAGUCAGACCAGGAACAGGGUACAACACGCAGGAAUUCAGAGGAUAAUCACCUGAGAAACCAGGCUGGCGACAGUGAAAAUACCACCACUGAGCAUCUGAGAAAAAUCAAGGAACUGGAGUCGAACCUUUGUGACAGGGAUAAGAUCAUCCAUGGGCUAAAUGAAGAGGUGAAUGUCCUGAGAUCUAAGCUGAGUCCAGCUGUGUGCCAGCUCAGCCAGCCUACGAUUGACAAAAGUCCUUCCAAAUCCUCACCAGAGAUCUUAAAUCCCUUUAACCCGCACACACAUGGCAACAAUACUUAUCCAACUACCUCAACCAACAUCAGCUGUCCAAAAUCUGACAGCUUACCCCAGAGCAAAGAUUCAAAACCUCGUUUCUCAAGACAAAAUCCAGCAUUGGGCUCCCCAAUCAAAAGAAGCAGUCACAAUCACAGCAGUCCUGCUCUUUUGACAAAUAAAGAAUUAUCCAGCUCACCUUCACCCUCUGCUUCAGAGGAAAAACAUCUUGUCCGUUCGAUGAGCUUGUCUGAGUCCCAGUCUCGUCCAAAAGGUGCCAAGCCCCAGCGUAGAUUCACCAUCUCAGCCCUGGCUCAAAACUGUCGCAGUACCCUGGAAGAUUUACCAGAAGACUCAGAGCCCUUGAUUGUGCUGAACAGAGAUUAACGGAAAAAUGACAAGGCACCUUUUUUAUUUGGACAAAAGAAGCAAGAAACUAAAAGUCUAGGAUUGAAGUUUGGGUGGCUUUUGUAUAAAAACGUUAGCAUUACAGGUGUUAAAAAAGUGCUUGGUAGCCACGAGCCACCGAAAUGUGUUAAAUGGUCAAAGGUUUCAGCAGCCAAUAUUUUUAAACCUUAAAAAUUUGGGAGAAGUCACUGUUUUAAACUUGCUGUUCUAGUUAUACAUGGUUCUCUACAAGAAAAUCAGAAGUUUUGUCAUUAUCCCUUUUUAACACAAGCUGGAAGUUGAAAUGAAGUGAAAAAAAAAACUUUUUAAUUAACUAACCAUCUGUUGCCUGAUCAGAAAUCGUGAUUAUUAUCAUGAGUAAGUCUGUCAGUUUUUAACAGUCACCCUGGGGUAAACACUGUAUAUUUAGAUAUUGUAUUUAGUUUUUAAUCUGUAAUAAGCUGUGGCGUCCUAUAUAGAGCCACUUUUCAGUUCGGUUUGUCCGUUCCUGCUAUAGAGACAUGGCGGACUCCGUGGGAGAGGACCUGCUCCCUAUAUAGAUAUUACUUACUCAAUCUCACCAAACAAAAGCACAACGGUUAUUAGUUUAAGGUGAUUAUACAGUAAUAAAAACAUGUUUAUGUAGAUGAUAUUCCAUUUCUGACCAGUUCCAGUUUGGGUUGAGAUACAAAAAGGUACAUAGUGGACCAUGACAUCUUCUUCAGUCAAAAGAACCUAUUUUGUCUCAAGGGUCUGAUGCCCACCUGGUUCCACUAAUGGGAAUUUAAGGAAGAUGUCCUUAGCUCUGUAUUCACUGAAUAUGACAUGGGUUUUUGUUUUCUGUUCCCCAGCUCUGCCAGUUGGUUCUAAAUAUAAUUGGCCUGCACCUGAGGGAAACUAUCAAAUGGGUCAAGGUUUUAGGGGUUAGGGGUAGGGUUGUUGUUUUUAUCUAGUUGUUUUGAAGCUGAACUGGGGAACAGAGGUCCCUGGGAACUUAAGAGCUAGAAGUCUGAGAUCACAUUGGGGGCUUGCUCUCAGACUCUUGGAUCUCUUGUACUAUAAAUAAACUAAAGUUGAAUUGAGAUGAUUUUAGCAUGAACACAUUUUCAACAUGAAGAUGUUUAAUCUGGUGCUUCCUAGAUAUCAUCCGACCAACAGGUGAUAUCUGUAUAAUGUUGUUACUGUGAAUUAGCACUGGCAUCCUCUCCAGGUUUGAGAAAUGUAACCACAUCCUGUGAACAAAAGUCAUUCUCAUGAGAAAGACCAUUCAUUCUCAUGAGAAAGAAUGUAUAGAAGUGUGCUGAAAUGUAUAACCACCUCUCUCCUCUCUUCUAUUCAGUUUUCUGGUCUUAAAGCUUGAAAUGUUGUUUUUGCUGUUCCUCUUUAUAAGUUAAUUUGCUUGAAAAAGACAUAGCACGUUACUACAGUCAUAUAAAUUCUUUUAUUUUGAAAAUAUUAUGCACAUUUUACAUUACAGUACUUAGAAUUUGAUGAGUGGGGUUCUGUACAGAGGUCCAUUUGAUCUUUUAGUUUGCACUGCACUUUUGAUAAAGUAUUAAUACUCUAUUUGAAUUAUGUCUUAUUUUGUAUGCUUUUAAACCUUUUGUAAUGUGUAUCCUCUUUAGAAUAAAGGUUUUAUUUGUUAA